CAGUCUUUUCACAGUACACCAGCAGGGACACUUAAGCCACCGAGAGAGAUUCACAAUGGCUCCAGCACUGAAUUACACAUCCAUUAUCUUGUGUGGUAUUUAUAUUUUUUCGCUGCUUUUUGCCAGUGUCUUUUGCGACGCCGUAGAAGAAGAAGAUGAGCAUGCCAAGCACUUAUACACAGUGGAGAUGUUCAACGAAGCUGUGCCUACCGCACCCCACUUUGUCAUGUUUUACGCCCCAUGGUGCGGCCAUUGUCAGAGAUUGCAGCCGACAUGGAAUGAAAUGGCAGACAAAUACAACAGCAUGGACGAACCCCCUGUUUAUGUGGUAAAAGUAGACUGCGUCCAGGACACCAAAUUCUGCUCCAAUGUCCAUGGGGUUAGAGGGUACCCUACUCUGAAAUUGUUUAAGCCAGACCAGGAGGCAGUUAAGUACCAGGGGCCCAGAGAUCUGCAUUCCUUGGAGACCUGGAUGCUUAAGACAGUCCAGGAGGAGCCUUCGGAACCAGAGAGUGAACUAGAGCCUCCCAAAGCCCCAGAGCCCAAACAGGGCAUGUAUGACCUCACUGCUCUCAACUUUAAGGCCCAUAUAGCCAAAGGUGCUCAUUUUGUUAAGUUCUUUGCCCCCUGGUGCGGCCACUGCAAAGCCAUGGCCCCAACCUGGGAACAGCUGGCUACCACCUUUGAGCAAUCUGAUGACAUCAAGAUUGGAAAAGUGGACUGUACACAGUACUAUGAGGUGUGUUCUGACAACGGUGUACGGGGGUAUCCCACACUGCUCUUCUUUUACAAUGGACAGAAGACAGAACAGUACAAAGGAAAAAGAGACCUAGACUCUUUCAAAGACUUUGUUAACAACCAGCUGAAGGCUGCCAUCGCUGAAGAGCAGGAACCAAGGGAAGAACAAAAACCAAACGAGUUGCCCACUGAUGAGCCAGAAAAAGCAGAGGUUAAGUCCAGCGUGUUGGUGCUGACAGAGGACAAUUUUGAUCAGUCAGUGGCCAAGGGCUUCACCUUCAUUAAAUUCUAUGCUCCAUGGUGUGGCCACUGUAAGAACCUCGCUCCGACAUGGGAAGAUCUUUCCAAGAAAGAGUUUCCCGGCCUCACUGAUGUCAAGAUAGCCAAAGUGGACUGCACUGUUGAGCGCACACUCUGCAACAAGUACUCUGUGCGAGGUUACCCCACGUUGAUCAUCUUCAGGGCGGGGGACCAGGGUGAUGAGCAUCAUGGUGGGAGGGACCUGGAGAGCCUACACAACUUUGUGAUGAGGCAGGCGAGAGAUGAGCUGUAGAAACAGUAGUCAGUGCCUACAGUGCAUAACUGGCCAGUAGGACACCACUCUCUCUCAUACACUUGCCAGACCUUUCUUUAUCUAUCUCCAAUCAGGUUCUCUUCAGAAAUGAAUCAGCCAAUGGUAGACUGAAGCAGUCUGUUCUUUUUCCGGUCUUCAAGGAUGGAAUGAUUCAGUAGAGUGUUAGGGAUGUCAGUGUAUUUCUCAUUGUUGCUACCCAUCCCCAAAUCUCCUAAUAUGUAGAGUACUAUUGUAUUGGUUGGGUCUGCAAAUGAAGUAAUAUGUCUGACAUCCUCUUUGCAAGCACUGCUAAAUGAUCAGAACCAGAAUUUCUCACAUGUAAUGGUUAUUAAAAAGGUAGCACUGAAGGCGUUGGACUUUUUUUAAAUGCAAAAUUUUAUACAUGGGAUCUAUUGUUAAAUCAUGAGCCAUAAAUGUUAGAGUACUGUCACUCUAAACGUAAAAGUUUGCGUCACCCAAAUGUGAAGUUGAGUGUUAAGUUUGGGUACCUCAUAUCCAUGCCAGUAAUGGCCUAUCUGAGUUAACUCUCAGGGAGUGUGCAGGCUAGAGGGAGUUCUGACAGGCUUUAUUGUUGUCACAGGAGUCUGACAUGGCACAGGGAACUGACUUGAUAUUUCUCUUCAUGACUAAGAGGAAACUAAAGAUCAGAUCAACUUCUCAUGCUCAUUGAAAUGUAAAGAAAAUUGAUAAAGAUCUUAGUCAUGCACCCUACCCCAUUUCUGACUCCUGUGGUCUCAGCCACCCCUCUCAGCUCCUCCUAGGAUUGAGGCUCUCAGGCCUGGACCAUGUUGCUCUAUAUCUCUAUUACUGAACAACUUAAAGGUUACUUCUGCUUCUGUUUUAUUUUAUUUUUUUGUUUCAUCAUAAAUAGUCAUCAGCAGGUCAUUUGGAACAGUCACAGCUUUGUGUAAAGUUGUUCCUUAGAAGUGUCCCUUCAUGAUUGUCAAAUACAAAAAUCAAAGUACAAAAAGGGUGAAUGUAAAGGCAUUUAUAUAUUUCUUAGGCCAGGUUCACAUACAAAGGUGUUGGGAACCAACAGAUGGAACAGGAGGGGACAGUUGGGUCUCUUGGACCUAGUAGUGAGAUUUAAGACACAAGUAGCAAGAGUUCAUGAUCUCAUAAGAAGGAGUACUCUGUACUUUGAUUGCCACUGAACCUCAGUCAUAGCUCUUGGUGACGGCACUGUUCUCCUUGUCAUCUUUACAAGGAAAGAAAUGGUUUUGUGAAAGCUCUUGCACAUGUGAGGUUAGAACUGAAAGAACACUAACUCAAGUUUAGGGUCAAGUGGGUUGGCUAACAUAUCACCUCUUUGACUGUGAUUGUGAUUUAUUAUUAGUCUUAGUAUCCUAUAUACUGUAUCAUAACCAUCAACCCACAAAUCCAACUUGUACACAGAGUUAAUUUAUUCAACAGUCAAACGCCAAAACAAUGUAAUCUGUCACCACCGUGGUUGUAAUAUUAUUUGCAGUUUUGCCAGUAAAAGUUGAAGUCUUUUUCACCACACUUUUCAGUGAUUAUUUGAUGCAAACUGCCUCCACCUGCAAGGCCAUGCUCAUUCCAAUACAAAUGCUCUUUGACCCAGGUUAAGUGAAAAUUACUGCACAAUGCAGGGUACCAUUCAUUGUAUCAUCCAU